AAGUUACAUGCAUGUGUCGCCGCCCUCGACCUUGACGCCUGGCUAGCUAGCUAGCUAGCUACCUCAAGAUGACAAUGGAGACUCUAACCCUGAACAACGUGACUGUUGAGUUUCCCUUCAAGCCCUACCCCUGCCAGGUGGUCUACAUGGAGAAGGUCAUCACUGCCCUACAGUCAAGCACUAAUGCGAUACUCGAGUCACCAACCGGGACGGGCAAGACGCUCUGCUUGUUGUGUGCAGCGUUGGCAUGGCGAGCCAAUUUCGUCCAACAGCUGCGGGGGACAGGGGAGCUCGGGGAAGGGGGCGUGGCAGGAGAAGAGGAUCCAUGGGACAGUGUACCUGGAAUAAGUUCCAGUGUUCCCAAGAUCAUCUACGCGUCUCGCACCCACUCACAGCUGUCACAGGUCGUGCAGGAGCUGAAGAACACAAUAUAUAGACCCAAGGUGGCCAUAAUCGGUUCUAGGGAGCAGCUGUGCAUCAAUUCGGAGGUUGCAAAGAAGGAGAGCAAUGCCGAGAAGGUUCACCUCUGCCGAGCAAAGGUCAAAGCGCAUGCUUGCUUCUAUUACAACAACACUGAUGUGAAGAGAUUACGAGUUGAAGACCCAGUCAUGGACAUAGAAGAUCUUGUAAUGGCAGGAACUAAGCAAAGGAUGUGUCCAUACUAUCUUGCCCGUGAGCUCAAGUCACAAGCUGAUAUUGUCUUCAUGCCAUACAACUACAUUCUCGAUAUCAAAACUCGACAAAUGCAUGGUGUGGAUCUUCAAGGCACUAUUGUUAUAUUGGACGAAGCACACAACAUUGAGAGGGUGUGUGAAGAUUCUGCGUCCUUUGACCUCACGUCACAUGACCUGGCGCAGUGCAUUAGUGAUAUAGGACACAUUCUCGACUUAAAGCAAAAGGGAGAAACAUAUCUCGAAGAAGGGGGGACAGACGUGGAAGACUUGCAGGACUUCCUGAACCUCAAAGAGUUCUUCUUGACUUUGGAGAAUACUUUGGAUGGCAUUCAGUUUGCGGAGACAGCAAAGAAAGAGAUGGUGAAGCCAGGAGGAUACAUCUUUGAUUUCUUGGAGACAGCUGGUGUUACCAGGGCAACGGCCUCGGUCCUAAUGGACCAAUGCAACAAGGCUAUCUCAUUCCUCACUACGGACGAGAGAUCAGGGUUCAGGAAUGGUGGGAACAUUCAGAAAUUUACUGAUGCCCUCAAGAUUGUGUUCAGUGGGUCAUGUGACCAACCUUCAAGCUCCGCUCACCAGUACAAGGUGUUCAUCAAGGCCACAGAGGAUACAAAGAAGAACAAGAAGAGCGAUGGGUGGGGAACUCUUACACAAGAGUCAUCAAAACGAGAAUGCCGCACACUAAGCUACUGGUGCUUCAGUCCUGGGUACGCUAUGUCGGACCUGGUUAGUCAGGGGGUGCGGUCAGUCAUCCUCACCUCUGGCACCCUCUCCCCACUCAACUCAUUCUCUUCUGAGCUCCAAAUUGAUUUCCCUAUACGAUACGAGGGUCCACAUGUGAUCACUAAGAAACAGAUGUGGGUGGGUGUGGUCAGUAAGGGGAGUGAUGGAACAUCCCUAAACUCCUCCUACGCCAACAGAUUUUCAGCAAGCUACCAAAACAGUCUUGGAAAUACUAUAGUGAAUUUUGCUCGUAUUAUCCCGAAUGGUCUCCUGGUGUUCUUCCCCUCCUAUCCCGUCAUGAAUGGUUGUGUUGAUACUUGGAAGGGAAACGGCAUCUUCCAGAGGAUAGAAUCGUGUAAGCCAGUGUUUCAGGAGCCAAGGAGAAAGUUUGAGUUCACCUCAACAAUGGAUGCAUUCUACGAGAAUGUGGUUGGCAGUAAGGGAGCCGCCUUCUUUGCCGUGUGUAGAGGGAAGGUCAGUGAGGGGUUGGACUUUGCUAAUGAGAAUGGAAGAGCUGUCAUCAUCACUGGGCUGCCCUACCCUCCAAGAAUGGACCCAAAGGUGACACUUAAGAUGCAGUACUUGCAAGAGAGUCUCAAGAGACCAGCUGCUGUUGGCAUUAGUGGAGAGGCGUGGUACAAGCAGCAAGCCUCACGAGCAGUCAACCAGGCAGUGGGCAGGGUUAUUAGACAUCGACAUGAUUACGGGGCCAUCAUACUCUGUGAUGAACGGUUUGCAUACAACAGCUCGAUCAACCAGCUGCCCCAGUGGAUACGUCCUUAUGUGCAGACAUACGACAAGUUUGGGCUAGUCCAGCGAGACAUACGAGCUUUCUUCAAAGAGGCGGAGAAAGAUUUUGGAGGUCUGGUGCCUCAGAAGAAAGCUCCUGUAGUAGCCGAGAUAGAGUCUGCUGUGAGGAGUGAGAGACCACCUCCUGAUAUCGUGAUUAGGGACAACUUGCGACAUGUGCAGGCAGCUUCUGUCGUCGAUAUUCACAUUCCGGGGAAGAUACCUCCACGCCCUCAGGCAUCUCUUGCCAGAUUGAAAGUGGAAUCCGCUAAAGAGUUAGCUGGCAAGAGCUUACUGUCUUCCCUGGCCAGCUGUGAGGGAUGCUCCAGCAAAAAUGCCAUUGACUUGACUAGCACCAAAGGAGCUUAUAGAUCCAGUUUCUCACAGACUAUAUUCCAAGCCGGACCCUCUAAAGCACACGCCACCCACGACGACGGUAAACCACCUGCCAAGAAAAUCAUGAUAGUCGCUAAGAGCGAUCGUCAGAAAACCAAAUUGGAGACUGUUGCUGGGUAUCUAAAGGAACUAAAGGCUAGCCUUAGCAACGAGGGGUUUGAGAACUUCAAGAUCAUCCUUAAAACUUAUAAAGAGAAACGGGACAUCUACUUGUUCACUGAAGCACUACGCGAUGUGUUCAAUCAACCAGCACUCCAUUCACUACUAGCAGGUAUCCACAGAUUUGUUAGUGAGAAACACAAGACAACGUUCGAGACGUUCUACAAGGAGUACACAGGCAACACUAUCACCAAGGCAACCCCAGAGCAGAUGCCGCUAAAGAGGAAAUCAUCAUCUAUUGACCUAACUCAACCAGAGAGCAAGCAAGUGAAGAGAAGUCAGAUACAUGAGGGGGUGGAUCACCUGACACAGGACGAGAGCAGCUGUGAACUGUCAACUAACCUCCUUACUAGCUCAGGACAUUUGAAAACAUCAAAACACUUGAAUCAUGGUCGUUUGUGACAGAUAUCAAUGACAAGAAUUAUUAAUUUAUCGUG